UCUGUAGUUGACAUUUGAAACUGCAGUUGUUUAUUAAAGUUUCCUUGAACAUUAUGUAAAUUAACAAAUAUGCAUAUCAUUAGCGCAUUAACUGUAAUUAUGGAGAUAUCUCUUAUGUAUAAUGGUUAGAAAUCAAUAAGUAAAAUGGAAGUUAAUUCUUAUGAAGCACCUCUAAUAAACGAUGCUCAAACAUCUUUAAAAUGUGAACACUGCGGGAAAACUUAUACUCAUAAGCAAACUUAUAAACUGCAUCUUAAAACACACACAGAAGACUGUCCGACUUGUGAAAUAUGUGGCAAAAGAUUCCCAAGAUUGUCCAAUUUGAAAAUCCACGCAAGCGUUCAUACCACAGAAUAUCCUUACAAGUGUGAUUUAUGUGGUAAGAUUUUUAAGCAUGAAAAGUCGUUGGAAACUCAUCGAUCAAAUCAUCCCAAAGACCAAAAAGCAUAUACGUGUGAAAUCUGUGGAAUAAUUUAUAACGAUCUCAACGUGUAUCAAAAGCAUAUCCAAAAUCACCCUAAAGAAUGGCAUAUCUGUUCAUAUUGCGGCAAAACUUUCAUUUCUCUAUCAGCGCUUGAAGGACAUACUGUGCGACACACACAAGAACGUAACUUCAAAUGCGAUCAAUGCAACACAGCGUUCAAACAUCAAAGUUCUUACAAAAAUCACAUGAAGAAACACAUGGAACAACAAACAUAUCGAUGCGAGGUCUGUGAUGAACCCUUCACCCACAGCGGCUAUCUGCGCAAACACAGAUCCAUACACAAAUUUUGUGUGGUAUGCAAAAAAACAUUCUCUUCAUACAAAGCUUUGCAAACGCAUUUCAACAUACAUCGUGGUAAAAAGCCUUUUAAAUGCCAAAUUUGUGAUAGAAGUUUUACAGAAAAGGCUACAAGAGAUAUUCAUGCUAUGACUCAUACAGGAAAUCGUCCCUUUAAGUGUAAUAUAUGUAAUAAGACAUUUAUUGUUUCUAAAUAUUUAAAAAGGCAUGAAAGGGUGCAUUCUGGGGAACGUCCUUUUAAAUGCCAUAUUUGUGAUAAGACUUACAGGGAGAGAGGAGUGCUGACGAGGCAUCUCAAAAAACAUAAUAAUUGA